AUGGCACCCAUGAAGAUUAGCUGGUCGUAUCCCCCAAACCUUCCAGCAGGCAAGACCCUUUCGGAUUACACAUCAGGUGCAGCCCCGAUCAUCACCGACUAUUACGAGUAUGAUAUCGUAGUGGGCGGCUUCCGAACGCCCAAACCCAGCUUCGGGCUCUCCCGAUGCGCCAAAAAGGGACGAACGGAGCCAAUAUAUCCUUCAACAGACACCUUCAAUUCGUCCGAGGGCCAUCUGGCCGCUGAUGGCACCUGGCAAUCCAUGGAUUCUCAUGAUAAUGGCCCCUGGGAGAACGAGUAUCCAGCAGGCAAGCACCCAUGGAUCACUCCUGUGUGGUAUAUGGUUGGGAACGAGACUACAGGGACCAUUUGUUGGUGGGAGCUGUACAGCGUCAGCGAGGAGAAGAUACCGUGCUCUCCAUCACAAGGGCGGGAUUGCGAGACGGCGUAUACGCGGUUUGUGACGGUGCUAGGGAAUGAUACGGAGAAUUACUUUGCGACAAUACCAUUCACCGUGCACCCAGGAAUGAGGAAAGGGAAUGUGAAUCAUACAUGGCAUAAUGGGGUUCACAGUGGAUCGAAAACAACUCUCGCCUUCUCGAAUAUGCCGACGGGGAAUGCAGCGGCGGGAUUACGGCCUACUUUUUUUCAGGGCGGUGUUUUUGCUUUGAUAGCGUUGAUAUUCAGAAGCCCUCUGAUAUAG